AUGGAGCUGAGCCUCAGGAACAUUCUCAACAGCUUCGGGCAGCUAGAUGAGCAACGCCAGCCCGCCUUCCAACUGGGACCCGACCCGGAACCGUCUACCGUACCCAACCCCUUCGAUUUUGGGCACCUCUUCAACUCGCCGCUGGAUCUGGGUAUGGCAGCGUUGCGGAAUUCGAGCAAGACGUUGAAGUGCCCGAAAUGCAAUUGGCACUACAAGUACCAGGAGACGCUCGAGAUCCACAUGAAGGAGAAGCACUCGGAGACUGAGGUCCGCUGCCUCUACUGCGUCGAGAAUCGACCACAUCCAAAGUUGAGCCGUGGCGAGACCUACUCCUGCGGCUACAAGCCCUACCGAUGUGAACUUUGCAAGUACAGCACGACCACCAAGGGCAAUCUAUCGAUCCACAUGCAAAGCGACAAACAUUUGCACGCCGUUCAGGAGCUGCCGAGUUCCUUAGUAAGUCAGAGCAUCACCGGACCGGGCGGAGCCGGCCAAGCAGCCUCCAUUUCACAACAACAUUCUUCGCAAACG